AUGGUCCUGCUGCGGAGGCGCGCAUUUGGCGAGAGCUUUGUCGGCCGCUUGUGGAGCCACGCGAACGCCGACCGGUACCGCCAGAGCUCUCGCCCAUGGACGGCGCAGUUUCAUUCAACCAGGUCCAUCUGGCUGUCGUCUCUUAAGACGCUGCGCCACUCUGAGGUUCUGAGCGGCAUUCUGCAGCCGCUGCUGCUCACGACGACUGCGUCUCUCGGUGUCGCGCUCUUUGACUCGGUUGCAGACGGGGUGCCGGGGAAGUCGGCGUCGAAGGCCCUCUUCCAGAUGCACUCGCUUCUCGGCGGCGCCCUCUCUCUGCUCCUCGUCUUUCGGACAAACAGCGCGUACAACCGCUUCUGGGAGGCGCGUCGCAUCUGGGAGAACCUGCUCAACCGGUGCCGCGAGCUGGCGCGGUACGCCUACUGCUUCCGCGACCAGCUCCAGCCGUGCCGCGUCGACCGGCUCGCCCAGCUGCUCACCGCCUUCCCCGUGAUGCUCCGGCGACACUUGUGCCUGCUCGCGCCGCUCGCGCCGCUGCCGGCACCGCUGUGCGACGCGAUGCGUUCCUCCUCGUCGCGCCCGCUCUACUUGUGCAAGCGGCUCGCCGCCGAGAUCUCGGGCGUCUCAGAUGCGUCCGACGGCACCUUCACCUCGCGCGAGCGGCUGAUGGGGCUCUCGCUGGUGAACCAGCUCGGCUCGUACGUCGGCGCAUGCGAGCGGCUGCUGCAGACGCCGGUGCCGCUCAACUACGCGCGCCACACGUCCCGCUUCCUCACGCUGUGGUGCUUGACGCUGCCCGUCUCGCUGGUCGGCUCGAUGGGGCUGCUCGUGGUGCCCGUCACCGCCUUUGUCACGUGGUGCCUCUUCGGGAUCCAAGAGAUCGGGCUCUUCAUCGAGCACUGCGCGCUCGACAACGGCGACAUCUUCAUGGACCAGCUCUCGGACCAGGAGCGCGCCACGUGGAGGCACGACGGUGUCGGCGGCGGCAGCUGCCAGGGCGGCGCCGGCUCGGACUCCGACUUCGCGGCUCGGUACGUGCCACCCGCGCCGAUGCCCUUCUGA